AUGCCAAACUUCAAGGCUACAGUGUCCCUUCUGGUAGGGUUUCAUACAACGGUUAUGGACGGCCAUGGAGGCACAGUGACGUCGACCUCGUCCCAGUGGAGCGGAUCGGACGGCUCUGAUCUGUCCCCGAGGGACGUUAGGUGCGCGCGAGGCCCGAGACGGCGGGGAUGGCGAAGAUUGACGGCCAUUCUUAUCGGGACCCGGCAUGAGGAGGGGGAUGAGCGGGGAGUUGAGGGGAGCUUGGGGAGAGAACGCGGGGACGAGCACGAGGGAAGGGGGAACGAGGAGGGUGGUUUCGACGCGCAGAACCGCGGAGGCGGAGGGUUGCCUUUGGACGAGCGUGACUAUAGCGGUGCUGAUUCCGCGGCUCUGAAUGAUUCGCACAGUAGAGAGUCACAAGGGUUCUGGCACUCGGCACAUGACCAUCCACAUGGCGCGUCCCCAUUGGAUCAGGUCGUGGUGGACACGUCAGCAGCACCCUCCGUGUCAUUCAGCGACGCGCUCAUGCGGGAAGUCCUUCCCAAAGCCUUCCCGGAUGGGAGUGAGGGGGAGGGGGAGAUGUGGAGGAAAGGAGACAGCCUGAGAAAGGGUUUUGGAAGGGUGGGUCGGCGGCUUAUUCGGGCUGUGAAGAAACGACCUGUGCUCAUGCGACGGCUAGCAGCUGUGGUAAGCAGAGCGCUGACUUCAUCACCCCGUCACACCACUUUGCCUGCCGGCAGUUCUGGGGAGCCUGGGGAUACUGGGGCCGCCAAAACCACCGCCCAAACCACCGAUGGGGGUACCGAGCAGCAAUACUAUGUAGACGCAUGCCCUGUCAGUGUCAACGCCUCCGCCUCUAGCCUGCAGGGGCUGGUUCAGCAGCAGCAGCAGCAGCAGCAGCAGCAGCAGCAGCAGCAGCAGCAGCAGCAGCAGCAGCAGCAGCAGCAGCAGCAGCAGCAGCAGCAGCAGCAGCAGCAGCAGCAGGGUGAUGGUCUUGUGGUGAUCUCCAUAGUGCCGUCGGCUCGUAUCUUCUCCGCCUUGGAUUCCGGCAGUGACACUGUCAUGGCGCUCUGCAUCGCCCUGUCUCUCGUUGUCCUCGUUAUAGGCUUGCUGCUCGUCUGCAUGAACCGAUCAACGGACUCGGCUCGAACCGGCCAGACGCUGCGCCAGGAGCUGGUGCGGCAGCUGGUGGAGAAGCACAGGGUGGAGCAGCGCAGCAACCACAAGAGCCAGUUCCUCGCCAACAUGAGGCGCCUGAGAAGCUGGUUCCACAGCUGGUGGAGAAGCACAGGGUGGAGCAGCGCAGCAACCACAAGAGCCACUGGUUCCACAGCUGGUGGAGAAGCACAGGGUGAAGCAGCGCAGCAACCACAAGAGCCAGUUCCUCGCCAACAUGAGGCGCCUGAGAAGCUGGUUCCACAGCUGGUGGAGAAGCACAGGGUGGAGCAGCGCAGCAACCACAAGAGCCAGUUCCUCGCUAACACGAGAAGCUGGUUCAACUGCUGGUUCGCGUGUUUUCCCCCGCUCCGCCCCUACCCCUGCAGCCACGAGCUGCGCACGCCGCUAGCAAGCAUCGUCGGGCUCCACGAGCUGCGCACGCCCCUGGCGGGCAUCAUUGGUUUGCUGGACCUGCUGGCGUGCGAUGCACUCUCCCCCGAGCAGGAGGCCAUGGUGCUGCAGAUCAAGCGCUGUGCUUCGGGCCUGCUCGCCCUCAUCAACAACGUUCUCGACAUCUCCAAGCCCGUUUCUCCACUCCGCCCCUGCCUGCCGGUCCCUCCCCUGCAGGUGGAAGUGGGGGCGCUAGAGCUCACUAUAGCGCCCUUCAGUAUAGUCACGGAGAUGGAGACGCUACUGGACAUGUUUGCAGUGCACUGCAUUGGCAGCGGCGUUGACCUCUCAAUGGAUCUAGCGGACGACCUCCCAGACAUGGUGCUGGGGGAUGCAAUGCGGUUCCGCCAGGUGCUCAGCAACCUGCUGUCCAACAGUGUCAAGUUCACGGAGCAAGGGUAUAUUCACGUGCGCGCAUGGGUCGUGCACACUCCCAACACGGUCGCCAUGGUGACUGGGGCAGGUGUUACCGAGGACAGCGCACUUGCAGGCGCGGGGGAGGACACAUCGGGAGACGGCCUGUCUGGGGAAGGUCCAUCUGAGGAGUUUCCACCUGGGGAAGGCCCGCCUGUAGGGGAGCGCCCAUCGGGCGAGCCUGCCCCGGACGACCGAGUGCUGAUAAUCUUUGAGGUGGAUGACACGGGGUGUGGUAUACCACCGGAGGAACGCGAGGCGGUGUUUGAGAGCUUCUCGCAGGUGGACGAGUCGGCGUCGCGCGUGCAUGCGGGCUCAGGGCUGGGGUUGAACAUAGUGAAGGGGCUCGUGGAGCUCAUGGGCGGCCACGUGGCUGUUGCUGAUAAGGAAGGUCCUGGUGCCCUCAUCCGCUUCUCGCUAAUGCUUCCCCGCAUGCCCUCCCCUGGUGCUGCUGCUGGUGGUAGUGGUGACGGUGCUGCUUGUAUGGACGACCCAGACCUAUCAGCGUCUUUCAUUCCAAGGUUUGGUGAAGGCCCAUCAGAUAAUCCAUGGGGGGAGCUGGUUCCCUCCCCUCCCCAACCAGCCCCACCUGCUCUCAACCACAGUGAGGUUCAGGUGGUCUUGGCAAUGGAUGAGUGCCCUGGCAGGGCCACAGCAACCACCUGGUUGGAAGGCAAGAAAAUCGCAGUGAGGGAAGUGGGGGCGUGGGAGAGCGUCAAAACCGCACUGGACCACGCUGUUCACACCUCCCUGCUGCGCCGCCGAACCGCUGCCCUCACUGCUGCUGCCGCCACCAUCGGCCAUGGGAAAGGUGCAACGGGAGACAGAGGGAUACAGAGCGGUGCAGCGGGGCGUGGAGAUGCAGGGAAUGGAAGCCGCGGGCUGUGCAACGCCAUGCUAGAUCCAGCAGAACAGGACCCGCUGGCAGUGGGGGCGAGUGCUGCCAAUGACCUGCCCCGCUUUGACAUCCAUGGGGAGGAGCCGCGCUUUGGCGGACACACCAGCCCUGCUGCUCGUCCUCUCCUCGUUCCGCCGGAGCUGGAGAGGCUGUGUGCUGACCUCAACGCCAUCCGCACCCAGUCCCCGCAGAUGGCAGAGUCUUUUGUCGUGGCGUGGCUAGCCCCUCCAGGGGAGGACCCGCUCUUCAGUGGCGGCGCUACUGGUGCUGCUGCAGGUGGUGCCCCUCCAGAUGACGAAGAGCUUCCUUCUCAAUUGUAUGACGUUACUGAACCAGAAAAUGCCUGCCUCACACUUUUGCCUGACCCAGAAAUGCCUGCCCCGACAGUUCCUGCUUCAGCUGUGCCUGCAUCAGAAAUGCUGUGCUUAGCUGCGCCCCCAGCCUCCCAUGUGGACGUCCCUCCUUCGCUCAACUCGGUGUGGGAGAGCAUCACACGCAGCACCAGGCACCAAUCUGUUGCUGCCACUGCUGCCGCCACUGCCACUGCUGCCACUGCUGCUGCUGCUGCUGCUGUUGAUGCUGCUGGCGCAGUGGGAAAAGCAGUAGCAGUAGGAGCAGACGCAAGGGCAGCAGGUGUGGGGACCGGGGAGGGAGUAGAGGAAGAGGAGGAAGAGGAGGAAGAGGAGGAAGAGGAGGACAAUGACGAGGAGGAGGAGGAGGAGGAAGAGGAAGAGGGUGUGGAGAAGGAGGAACGGGUAAAGAGAGGAGGGAGGCGGCGCCUCUCUUUCAACGCUUGGCGUGUGCCUGCCUCGGUCAGUUUUGAGUCGACUCAGAAGCUGCCAGCGUCUGUCGUGCCCUCUGCUGGUAGUGCUGAGGUACUGCUGCCGUUGACGGCUGCGCUUACUACAGCUCAGCACCCCUCUGCAUCUUCUCCCACCGUUCACCACCUCUCUGCAUCUCCGCACAUACAUGUGCACUCCUUGCAGCAGCGUUCCCACUCAGACCUGUACGCUCGCCGCACAAAUACCACCAGUCCCGCUUACCCGCACAACCCCCGCUCAAGCCUAUCUGACGGUCUGGAACGGCUUAGAUUGAUCAACGUGAAUCUCAACCAUGCCGCCUCCUUCCUGGCCCAACGCCCUUCGGCUGCUGCUGCUGCUGCUGCUGCUGCUGCUGCUUCGGCGUCGCUUGCUUCCCCCUCUGCGCUUCCGCAUUUUACCACUCUAGUCAGCCCGGGCCAGGGAGGCAGCCUCGGGCGAGGCUCGGCACAGAUCCGGAAGCUGAGCGGCAGCUUCGGCGGCAGUGCGCGUUUUGCUGCGGGUGGUGCUCCUGGUGCUUCUGCAGCAGGUGCGGGGAACCUGAGUGGCAUAGGGUUGGGCUGGCCGGGUCUAGCCAGCCUGCCUCAGUUCGCAUCUCUCUCCGGUGCCUCCCAACUGGGUCUCAUUCGGUCCAUGUCAGCUGUACAGAGCUAUGCAGCCGCCUCCUCCCUCUCCGUCCUCUGCCAACCCACCAUGCUGUCUGGGAUCGGCUAUGAUCAACCCAGCUUGCUCUCCGGUUUGGGAUAUGACCAGCCUGCUAUGCUCUCCGGUUUGGGGUACGAUCAGUCUAGUAUGCUGUCUGGAUUUGGCCCUAGCAGCCUGGGUCACGAGACCAUCUUUGAGACUCCGCACGUGUCGGCACAAAUGUCGCCGCACGUGUCACCUGGCAGGUCACCUGGCGUGUCACCUGGCGUGUCACCUGGUGUGCUGUCCGGCAUGCUGUACGCGAUCGGGUCGGAGCCGAUACCAGAAGCAUAUAAGGCGUCACCUGGGCAUGGGAAUGCCCCUGGGAAUCUCCCUGGAGGAGCUACUAGUAGGCCUGGUCUGCGGGGAAGUGGGAGGAGCAGCAGUGGGAGCCCGAUUCUCCCAGGUGGUAGGAGAAAGUAUGAUUUAUUGGGAGGAGGGGGGAACAGGAGCGGGAGGAGCAGGGGCAUGGGAAUGCAUGUAAGGGGAGGCAGUGCUGGUAGUGCCAGCGGAUUUGAAAUGCCUGAGAGCAGUGUAGGCGCUGGUAUGGGCAUGGGCAUGGGGUUGGGAGGUUCUACUGGUAAUCUGCUGCAUUCUGGUCCACCUUACACCAGUAGUGCCCAUGCCACGUCACCUGCCCAUGCCGCAUCACCUGCUCAUGCCACGUCACCUGCUCAUGCCGCGUCACCUGCCCGCGCCAUAUCACUGGACCAAGCCACGUCGGCCAACUCCCAGCCAGUGGCUUACCACAGGAGGGGGGCAGCCAAUGCAGAGCGAACAUUCUCACAGCCACCAGCAUUCCUCAAGGGCAGCACCGUACUCUACUCCUCCACCACCCAUUCCAACCACUCCCACUACUCCCAGCAAGCAGGAAGUCCCCUCGGGCCGGGAUUAGCAGCAGCUCCGUCUGCGGCUGUGUCGUCCCCUCACUCCCAAGCAGCAGGCUACCUGCGAGGCUUUCACAGCAUGGCCCGCAUGCCUCGCACCACCUCGGCUUCUCUCGACGCGCCCAACAAGCGCAUGCCGCAUGCCAGAUCCAGCGCUCUUGAUGCCGCGUCCAAAUGCGUCAGCCACGCCAGCCUGGCCCCCAGCAGCAUGCCGCGCACGAGCUCGGCCCCUCUGGAUGCCCCUCGCGUGGUUACCAGAAGGUCGUUCCAACACCACUCUGCCAGGCACUCCGUGAGCGGGGCGUCUGCUCUCCUUGAGGCGCCUCAAAAGCAUCAUUCUGCUAGUGCCACUGGCAUUGCUGCUGGGAUUCCUGCUGGCAGUGGUGCUGACAGAGGUGGUGACAGAGGUGGUGACAGAGGUGGUGACAGAGGUGGUGACAGAGGUGGUGACAGAGGUGCUGAUAGAGGUGGUGACAGAGGUGGUAACAGAGGUGGUGACAGCAGGGAGGGGAGUGCGGCUACUAGCGUGGAAGCAGGGCAGUCAAGAGUGCCUGCUGCUUCAGAAACAACACACAAGGAUGGGCACGGCACGGGCACGGGAGGGAUAAUUCUUAGGAUGAAAAUGGGUGCACUAUCUGCUGCUGCUGGUGCUGCUGCUGCUGGUGGUGCUGCUGCUGGUGCUGGUGGUGCCGGUGGUAGUGGUGCUAGUAUUGCCGGUUCUAGUGGGAGCAGUGGCACUGGCAGCAGCAGGAGGAAGAGUUUCAGCAUGGCGAGAGAAGCAAUGCUAGCCGGCUCAUCUGCAGCAGCAGCAGCAGCACCUGCAGCAGCAGCAGCAGCAGCAGCUGCAGCAGCAGGGCAGCAAGGGGAGCUAGAAAGGGCACGCAGCAGCAGCCCCCGCAACCCCACCAGCACCGUCAGGUCUCUCUUUUCCACUGCUGGCUCUUCCCUUCACUCUGCCACUGCCUCCCUCUCUGCCACUGCCUCUCCCUCUUCAGCUGCUCCUCACUCUGCCGCUGUCUCGCCCUCCGCGGGUUCCUUUCGCUGGAAGCCGCGUCGUGGCAGCAGCGGCACUGUCUCCUUCCUCCUCUCCGCCCUCCCAUCCGCGUCCGCCCUCCCAUCCGCGUCCCCCCUCUCUUCCAGUCCCCGGGCGUCAUCCCUCUCGUCCAGCCCUCCUGUGGCAACAGCAGGGGGAGGGGGAGGAGGCAGACCAGCAGCGACUGGAGCAGGAGGAGGAGGGGGAGGAGGUGGUGGUGUUGCUGAAGGGUGUGCGGCAGCAGGAGUGCAGCAGAGUCAAGUCACUGAGGCUUCUGAGGCGCCUCUGGUAGAGAGGGGAGAGGAAAGGCCCAGAUCAUCUUUUUCCAACCCGUUUGAUCCAUCAGGGGCAGCUGUUGCAUCAUCAUCUGUAGCAUCAACGGCUGUAGCAGCAGCUUGUGGCAGCAAUGCAGUGGGUACAGCUGGAGAGGAUGUGUCGAAGGGCAGUGGGAUGAAUGGAGGAGGGGAUGCAGCAGCAGAUCCGUUUGACAUUGUGCUCAUGGAUUGCCAGAUGCCAGUGAUGGAUGGGUACACAGCCACAAGGACCAUUCGGGCAGCAGAGAGGGGCACGGGACGCCACACUGUCAUCUGUGCACUCACUGCUCAUGCCCUCGCCAGUGACGAGGCCAAGUGCAGGCAAGCAGGGAUGGAUGGGUACCUCACCAAGCCAAUCAACAUACGGUUGCUGGUGGACACAGUUCAGCGGCUGGUCAGCAGGAACAGCAGGGCAGCAAGGCGGAGCAUGAGCAACCUCGGCGUGACUGCCACUGCCAGCGGCACGGCCUCGGCAAAUCAAGGCAGCUUCAGCAGCGCUUCCAGUAACAGCCCUUACACCAGCCCUCUAGGGUCAACUGCUAGUACUACCGGCCCUACUACAGGCAUACGAACAUCGUUCUCCUACACAAUGGGGGCAGAUAGUAAGGGACAUUGA